GCCGAGUCCGAGGAGGUAUUUAUAGCCUCGGCCUCAGCUUGCCCUGCUGUGUGAAAUCCAAACCCGGAGCCCUGGGGCCUCCCACGCAUUUCAGGACAGAGCUCUAAGCUUGGUCUGCCAGAUACCAGGCCUUCAGUCCUGCCGGAGGGAACCAGACUUCUCUCCCUCCGACCCCAAAGACUAUAGUCCAGCCCUCUUCUCCCUCAGACCCAGGAGUCCGGGUCCCCAGCCCCCAUCUGGACAUUUCUGCCUGUCGGGCACAAUGCCGAAUCCCAACACCUCUCGUCCUUGUGCUGGCAUCCCUCCUUCCUCACAUCCGGAAGUCCGGGCCCCCACCCAACUCCUCCCUCAAACCCGGGAGUCCAGGUCCCCAGCCCCCUUAUCCCUCGGAUCCAGGAGUUCGGGGCUCCAGUUUGAAUUUUCCACUCCCCUAAAUCCGACUCCUGCUGCUGCGUCAGGGAAAAAAUAAGCGACAGGUGGCACCUGCCCGCAGGCUUGGGUCGCGACCACCUGCUCCCGCUGCUCAACCGGCGCCCCUCUAGAGGCACCUGCUUCUGUCAGUCCGCCCGCCGCUGCCCCGCCCGACCCCGCAGCCCCAGGACGCGGAGAAGAAGCGACCCAGGGAACCCCGACGUUCGCCCCGCCCCAGUCCCUCCCAGCCCGUGCUCCCGCCCCUUCUCAGGGUCCCAGGCGGGUCUCCAGUCUCCCCUACCCCGCCCCGCCCCAUUCCACAGGCUCCUGACACGCCCUAGAAAGGGGUGUCCUAGGCGGUCCUAGGCUGGUGGGGCGGACCCUGCGGCCUGCAGCCUAGACCAGGGGACUCAACCCGCUCCAGAGCACUGCUGCGUGGAGCUCACCUGGUGAGAAGCCCCUGGGAUGGGGGUGGGGGGAUCCCACCUUAACUCUUCUGUCACCUCUCUGGUCCCAGUCCCUUCCUCACAGACCAUGGUGGCUGACACCCACCCACGCAGGUGGCAAAGCCCCUUCCCAUUCCGCAGGAACGUACCAGGUCCCUUUCCCCUCUUGAUCAAGGGUGUUGGAUUCUAGUACCUUCAGAAUAUUGAGCUGUCUCUUCACCCCGUGGGUGAAGAGUCUCCCUUCAUAGAUCCCAGUAUUUCCUCCCCCAGGCUCCAGGAAUUGGGGCCCUCAACCAGGAUUCCGGGCUCCCAGGCCCUCCUCCCCCAAGUUCUGACUCAAGGCCUCUCCUAUCCCUAAGCCCCCAAGGCCCUUUCCCUGCUGCCUUCACAUGGAGGGGCAGCCUCCUGACCUCCACUCUGACCCUCUCCCAUGGGGACCCUGUCCUCCCCUCAGUCCAGGUCCCCAUCACAGAUUUGGCAAUGACUCUCGCGACUUCCUCUCAGCGCUCCCAAAUCAUUCGUUCCAAGUUCAGAUCUGGUGAGAGCCUUCUCUCUAUGCAUACAGGGAAGGGGUCUUCUGAGUCCUGGGACUGAAAUACUCCUGGGUAAUGUGUGUGGUAGGAGAGGUGGGAGGGGGGCUGUGGGACCAACAAGGCGGGUGUUUUCUGGGCAAAAGGUCAUUUGUGUAUAAAAGAGGCCCAAGCAAAGGGGCUGAGUUUUGGGGGCUCAAGGAGGGUGCAAAUGGCCAACGCCAUGUUCCUGUAAACAGUGAGGAGUGGGUGGCUAGGGGUGGGUUUGCAGAUCAGGUAUUGUAAAGGAGCAGGGGCUUAAAUUGAAAUGCAUGCAAAGAGGAGGAGUGCACAGAGUGGGGAGUGGGCAGUGUGGCAGUGUGGGAGUGUUGCUGAGGGGACAGUGCACUGUAGCAAACCUUGAGCAUGCAAAGGUUGUAUUUUAGGUCCCAAUGCAGACCGGAAGUGUGCAAGGGAGUGUGGCACUGGAUGUCAGUUCCUCAGUAGGCCAAGGGCAUACGAGCAUGCAAAUGAAUAUGCUGGUCCUCCAGCUUCGGAUCCACAGACGGUAUCAGGACCCAAGCCUUUCCAGGUCCUUCACUGCCUCCCCAGUCUUGGAUCCAGAUCCCUGGGUCUCAGCCACAGACCCCGCUCUGGCUCCCGGAGCUCCAGCCCCAGUCUCGCCCAAGGGCCCCACCCCUUUCCUCUUCAACCCUGGGGACCUGCUUCUUGAAUCAGAAUACAGCCCUUGGAGGUCCCUGAAGGAGUCCCCCAAGAUCUCCCAACAUUGGAGAGAGCCCAAGCCAAAGGGGAACUUGACCUACCACCAGUACAUGCCCCCAGGGCGGAGACAGGGGUCCAGGGUAAACCCCCAGGCCAAAGGGUUGGCCCUGGGUCCCCUAGGACCACCUCUAUGGGAAGGGACAAAGUCACAGCAGCCACCUCCCAGGACUACCGCCAGGAUGAAGCCCACUGCCCUCACUCCCUCCCCACCUGGAGUCCCCAGCCCCUUGCCCCCUCCACACAAGUUGGAACUUCAGACCCUUAAGCUGGAGGAGCUGACGGUCUCAGAGCUCCGGCAGCAGCUGCGCCUUCGGGGCCUCCCUGUGUCGGGGACUAAGUCGAUGCUCCUGGAGCGCAUGCGCAGCGGCGCCCUGACCCGCGAGCGGCCGAAGCCGCGGCGCGAGGACGGUCCAGCGUGUGCUCCCUGGCCGCGCCUCAGGCCCAAGGCUCUGGGAGCCGUCCGGAGGCAGGGCUCGCUCAAGCCAAGCGCCAACUCUCCCGCUCAGCCUCCUGCACGUGCCCGGGAAACUCCUGCUACCGCUGCGGGUCCGACUGCCGCUCCGGCUCCGGCCUCGACUCCGGCCUCGGCUCCGGCUCCGGCUCCGGCUCCGGCUCCGGCUCCGCUUCGGGCUGAGGCUGCGGCUCCGGCUGCGGCUCCAGCACCGACUCCUCCCGCGGCACUGCCCACAGCGGCCCUGACGCUGGAGGAGGAGCUGCAGGAAGCCAUCCGCAGGGCGCAGUUGCUUCCGAACCGGGGCAUUGAUGACAUCCUGGAGGAUCAGGUGGAGCCUGAGGACCCACUGCCCCCCAUCCCCUUGGACUUCCCCGGCUCCUUCGACGUGCUGGCCUCCUCCCCGGAUUCCGAAGGCCUCUCAUCUGUCUUCUCUUCCUCGCUCCCGUCCCCCACAAACUCCCCGUCCCCCUCUCCCAGGGGCCCCACAGACUCCUUGGACUGGCUGGAGGCUCUAAGUGGGGGUCCCCUGCUAGGCUGUGGCUCCCCAGCCCCCAGCAUCUUCUCUGCUGAUUUAUCUGACUCCAGUGGAACCCGGCUGUGGGACCUGCUGGCGGAUCCAUGGUGAUGGGUGCUGUGGUUUCCAGGGGAUGGGAAAGUCACUGAGACAGACUCUCAAAGGAGGGGCUCGGACAACCGGCAGAGCCCCUCCCACCACAGACACAGAAUCAGAGACACCUCUCAUCCUCAUUGGGCGCCCCCCAACCGCUGCUGACAUGCUAACCGCCGGACUUUCCCCUGCCUGACCUCCAUGUGAUCCCCUCCAUGGUUGUGUGGUUGGGGGCUGGGAUGUGUCAUUUGCUGCUGGCUAGAGCAAACAAGCUGCCUGCUGCUUCCUUCGGAGACCUCCCGGAUGUUUUUGUUCCCGACUUCUCCCCUCCCCUAGUGCUGCCAACUAGAUGGGAGUCGGGAAGGUGGUCUGUAUUUUUUGGGUGCAAGAGAGAAGGCUCACUCACAAUUUCAUGGGUUGACCAGUUCAGCAAGGUGAUUCUCCAGCAUCAUAUAACUAGGGCUGCAGUCGCGUAGGGUCCAAGAGGGCUGGACCAUUCAAGGUAGCUCAGACGUGUCUUGCGCCUUGGCAGGAAUGGCUAGUAGGCUGGAGCCAGCUGGGCUGUGGUCUCUCCGACAGGGUAUCUGGGUUCCCUACACAGUACCUCAGGGUCCUCCAAAGCAAGCAUUACUCAAGGGGGGAGCAGAAGCUGCCAGUGUCACAAAGACCGAGCUUGGGACUGACUGGUCCAGUGUCACGUUCACUACACUCCAUUGGCUGAUGCAAGUUGGGCUGGCGGGAUAUGCGAGGGGGGGGCUACACAGAUGUAUGCAUCUUGGAGGCAUGGUCAUUGGGGACCAUAUUUGGAGACUCCACUACACCCCUCUGGUCAGUUUGAGGCCGUGGGUCAUGAGGAGAGGGUGGGGCAUAGACUGCUGGGCACCUUGAACCCCAGGGCAUUCCUGGGAGGAAGGUCACAGAGGAAGCCCUUAGCAGCAAAAUCUUGUAAAGUGUAGGUUUUAUUAUUAUUCAGGUGUGGGGAAGCCAAUGGAUCGGAAUGACCUCCAUGGAAAAGAUCCUUGGUUGGGGCACCUGGGUGACUCAGUCGGUUUGGUGGCAGACUCUAGAUCUCAGCUCAGGUCUCCAUCUCAGGGUCGUGAAU